AUGGCAGCACUCGAAGAUAUCCCGUGGAUAGAUUCCAUGGCCCCAACAACUUCCCACGACCAUGCUGACUCUCAGCCCCCGACGGUCGCUGCCUUCUCGCCCACCACGAUAUCCGGCUCGUCCUUAACCUCCAGGCAGCGAUCGAGCAUCAUCGUACAUCGCAAAUCCCCUCUUCUAGUGGCCACACCUCCGCCCGUCACGCGAGCGCUAGCCUAUUCGCACCCGUUCAUCCUUCCGCUGAACAGGCUUGUUGGUUUGCUGACAUGGACUACGGGCGACUCUUACCACAGCUUCCUCCUCGUCGCGGGAUUCUGGGCGGUGGUGCUAUACGGGGAUGUAAUCGUUCUCUGGGCCGGGCCGCUCUUGGUGGUCGUCGGAUUGAUUCUCGGGAUGUAUUGGAGGCGCUACUCUCCUCUAUCGACCAGGGCAUUCUCAACCGAGAAGCACAACCAAUCGGCGGCUUCUGAAAGCUCCGCUCAGCGUCAUGAGAGCCUGGAUGAGAUUGUUGAAGCGAUGAGAACGUUCACUACUCGAUGCAAUAUGCUACUCGAGCCGCUCGUGGACUUCACGGACUUUUUAUCGACCCAGCGGACGGCCACCUCUGCGACCACGCGGCCUGCCCUUACUACGCUAUUCGUCCGCAUCCUUUUUGUCACUCCAGUGUGGAUUGCCCUAACUCUGCCCCCUCUGUAUCUAAUUACUACUCGUCGUGUCAUCAUGGUAGUUGGCACGAUCAUCCUGACAUAUCACUCUCGGACAGCGAGAGUUUGCCGGGUAAUACUUUGGAGAUCUCUCACAAUUCGCCGAAUAUGCGCAGCGAUCACAGGAUUAUCGUUUUUGCUAGACGCAGACAAGUCUCAUAUCAUGCAGAGCCACGGUCACGCCGCCAACGUUGCCACGAGGCGCCGCGGAGAUUCAUCCGGUGUGCGCUUUACCUUUAUCAUCUAUGAAAAUCAGCGUCGCUGGCUAGGUAUCGGUUGGACAUACUCUUUGUUCCCUUCCGAGCGCGCUGCCUGGACCGACGAGCAUCUGAAUCCGGUCCCGUCGAAGAAUGAAUUUGACCUUCCUGAAGUGCAAAGCGGAAACGCGAAAUGGCGAUGGGUGGAAGGCAACGAUUGGCAUAUUGACGGAGCCGAUGACGACACGUCAGACUCAAGGGCAUCUGAUGGCGGAGGUUGGAUUUACUAUGAUAACAAGUGGAACGACGGUCGCCGUGGCCUGGAUGGAUGGGACCGGUAUACCCGCCGCAGAAAGUGGUGUCGUGAUGCCGAACUUGUUGAAAUCACCACCGACGGCACCUCCAUAGAGACACCAUCUGCGCUCACACAGGCGCUAGCGAAGGAAAUCGAGGCAAACAAGAACAAAAAGGAGCCCGGCAACCCCGACGCCUUCACGCCCGAUGCUGAUUCCGUGAGUCUCGCCCCGUCCACAUCCUCCAAAACGCGGCGACGACGAUGGUUCGGGGGAACGAGGAGUGUAAGCGACAGGAACGACAGCAACACCUCCUCCGCACCACCGAUCUCUAGCAAUAAUGAUUCCGAAGACCUUGGGAAAAUAACGUCUGCCACUAGUUAUAGUAGCUCCUCCAUCAGAAAUCCGUCUAGGCCCGUGAGCAUCCAGCGGUCGAGGAGACUGUCGGGGCUCUCCGGCGGCGGCGCUAGUCACGGUAGUCCGCAUGGCAGUACAGCUCAUAGCGAUAGUCUGAGCAUGCGAGAGAAAGAACUUACGGACGCCCAGGAUCGUCUGGAUCGUUGGGGCUCGAGGGCAGCUGGGGGCACAGAAAGGGCGGAGAGGGAGCUAGGGCUGGGAGAUGAAGUGAACAUGGGAUUGAGUUAG